AUGGAUUUCCUGAAGAAACAGCUCGACAACGCUACCCACGGCAGCCAGCAACAAUCGGAGAACAAGGUGGAGAGUAGCGGUGGCUUGAUGGGAAAGCUGAACAAUGCUUUGGGAGGUGGAGAGGCUGGAGAGAAGAAAGAAGGCAAGUAUUUCCUUGAUAAAGGUGUCGACUUUGUUCAGGAGCAUUUCCUGGGCCAGGGCCAACAGAAGAAUGAAUCCGCCUUGGAGCAGGCGAAGGACGAGCAGAUCUCUGAUGCGAUUAGAAGUGGAUACAAGAGCAUGACUGGGAAAGAUUUCCCCAUUGCCGACAAAUCGUAG